GAAUCUGCACGUUUCAUCUAAAUUCGCUCUUUUGAAUGGCUGAGUAUGAGCGCUGAGCAGCUCGUAGUUAGGGUCCUUGCUUUGCAGACAGUGGUGACCGGACGACUAACCGACCGCCUGAUUUAUAGUGUUUACUGCUGUGCGUCGAGGGCCUGUCCUUGCCGGUAGGAGAUGUCACCGCGCAGCCUCGACGGUUUCGGACGGCUCCUGCGCAGGUCACAGGCACUGUGCGCAUCCCAUCGGACGCAGCAGCGGUCAUCUGCAUGCGUCCCGGAGAGCGAUGGAGCUGGGCCGUCUCCGGAGCUGUCGGGCGGACAUCGGGCCGGCACUGUGUAUCAGCGCUCACCAUCGCACCGGAGCCAGCGCCGCCAGCGGCCGGCCGACGAGGGGCCGACCGAGGGGCCAGGCUCAGCGCUCAGUGCCGUUCCGACCGUGGUUGUGCACUGUUGGACGAGACGAGUGGAGAGCUGGGAGGAGAGAACUAACACCGUCCUGAGAAGCCCCUUCACACUGCGCAAUGCCCGCCGCGAGUGAAGUCGAGAUCGCAGCGCCGCCUAGCGGACUGGAGGAGCAGCACGCGGCGGUGUUCACCGCGGACGCCAUUGCCUUCCUCUUGGACUGCUACACGCGGUUCAGAAAUGAUAUUCAGACGCUGUACGACGAGCGAUGUCGGCGCCAGCUGGCGCUCAACACCAGUGGCGAACUGCCCAUGGUGUCCUCUCAAUCGGCCCGGACGGACGGCGACUGGACGGUGGCGCCUCUACCGGACGGGCUGAAAGACAGGCGGAUCGACCUCGGUGAUGUCACUCCGUCCGAUAUGACUCAGCUGACUGCCGCGCUCAACUCGACCGCCUCAGGAGUUCAGGUAGACUUUGAUGACGGCCACUGCCCCACGUGGCGGAACCAGCUGCUCGGCUGGCACCACGUGAUGCUGGCAUCCACUGGAGACAUGGAGAUGCCUCCGCUGGAGCAGGCGCCCGUGCUGAUGCUGCGGCCACGGGCCUGGAAUAUGACCGAGUAUAACGUGCUGAUCGGCGGCCGGCCGAUGCCCGGAGCGCUGACUGACUAUUGCCUGCUGCUGUUCCACUGCGGCCGAAAGCUGGCGGCGGCCGGACGCGGACCCGCCCUCUACCUGCCCAAACUGGAGGCGGUGCUGGAGGCACGACUGUGGAACAGCAUCUUCUGCUGGACCGAGGACAGGCUGCAGAUGGACAGAGGGACGAUCCGCGCCGUUCUGAUGAUUGAGAACGUCCUGGCGGCGUGUGAGAUCGAGGACAUGCUGUACGAACUGCGGGAACACUCGCUGGGCCUCAACUGUGGCAUGUGGGACUACGCCGCAUCGUUCAUCAGCAAAUUCUCGCGCCGACCGGAGUUUGUCCUGCCUGACCGGGGGACCAACAUCACCAUGGCUGCGCCGUUCCUGACCGCCUACCUGCGGCACGCGCUGUCCGUGGGCCGGCGCAGGAAGGCGCUCGUGACGGCCGGCAUGGCGCCCCAGGUGCUGCCAGAGGACAUCGAGCUCAGAAACUCCAUAAUCACGUCAGUGGUGCUGGCGAAAAGAGCCGAAAUCGAGGAGGGAGUGGAUGGAUUCCUGGCCCAUGACCCCAAAAUGAUCCCUGCGCUACAUCAGCUGUGGGAGGUGGUACACCCGGGCCCUGAGGUAGCGCCGGACCUGUCACAACUGCUGGCCGUGCCGAAAGGCCACAUCACCACUGGCGGCAUCCACGAGAACGUCUGCGUCAGCCUGAUGUUCAUCCACGCCUGGCUGGACGGCCAAGGGCAGUUCGUUCAUCGCGGCAGGAUGGAGGAUUCGGCGACCGCCGAGAUAUCGCGCUCGCAGCUGUGGCAGUGGUGCCGACACCGGGUGCCUCUACACGACUCGCACGGCCCGGUGACCCUGGAGCUGGUCUUUACCGAGAUCGAGAGCGCCGUCAACCUGCUCAAGAAGGCCGGCACGGAUGUCAGUGACGCCGCCCCGCUGCUGAAGAGCCUGAUUCGCAGCGAGGAGUUCAUUCCCUUCAUUACCACCUUCCUCAGCCAACUGCCUGUGGUACAGGAUGCCCCGUGAAGGACCGACACCAGUGGUGUGGGGGUCUGUCGGGAACACCCCGGAGGGUCUAGCAGCGACUGGUGUAGAGGGUCUGUGAGUGACCAGAGGAGGGUGGUGUUGGGGACUCGCCUAGGGUCCAGCUUGAAGGAGGUAUUGUAUGUAGCAUGCCAUGAACCCCGAAGGGUCCAGCGGCAGGUGUAAAAAGCCAGUGGUGUGGAAUCUUAAAGAUCUGAGUCGCUGCUGCCUGGUGCAGCGACCUGUAAAUACUAUGUAGUUAGAUCGACAAUCUAGAACUAGAUCGAGGACUAUGUAGAAUCCGUCUGGUCGGGCGUGAUGAGGUUUCGAGCUGGAUACGCCGGUAUCCUUCGGCUCACCGUGGCGGUUUGUGUGUUACGGGUGGAGGGUCAGAGCCUGUCGGUGUGACGAUCGAUAUCAGAAUCUCAGAUAAAGUUCAGAUUCGUCACCAGCGUGUGAGGUGUGAGCAUACGUCCUGAUCUUUUAUCAAUAUAUGUAUGCAGAGAGGCGUG